GGCGAACGCGUCCUUGCACUUGUACAAGUACUAUUGUACUACUAGGACCACCGGCCACCUCAACGCUCGUUUCUACAGUCUACAGACUUGCCCGCCUUCGAUCGCCAUCCUCGCGACGUCGGCAGCGUUCAUUCGCGCGACCUGCGACCUUGCUUGCAAUCCUUCCUAGAUCAUGGACCCAGGAGGACCGGAACAGACCACCCACCUCAAUUGGGGAAACGUCGGCCUCGCGUUUUCCUUCGUUCUCCUCAAUGGCGUCCUCUCCACCGCGUUCGGCCUCGGAGUGGGCAGCGGCCUCCUGACCGCCGCCAUUCGCUGCGUUGUCCAACUCAGCGUAGUCGCCCUCAUCCUCCAGAAAGUAUUCGAGACACAAAAUUCAGCAGUGGUAGCCGCAAUGGCCAUACUGCUCAACUUGAUGGGCACGAUAGAGACUGUCGUAAAUAAAUCCAAGAAGCGAUAUGACUGGAUGUUUGUUUCCGUGUUUCUCGGAAUGCUGGGUUCGACCAUCCCUGUGUCCAUCGUCGGCGCACGCUUUGCCAUGGGCAUCCAGCCAUUUUGGAAACCCGAACAAUACAUUCCUAUAGUCGGCAUGCUAUGCGGAAGCACCAUCUCGGGCAUCGUCGUCUCGGUCACCUACGUGCUCAAGGAGAUCUACGACAACAGAGACAAAGUCGAGAUGUACCUCGCCUUCGGCGCCUCGCGCUUCGAGGCCUGCAAGCCCGUCGCGCGCGACGCCCUCCGCCUCGCCCUCACCCCCAACAUCAACCAAAUGAGCGUCAUCGGGAUCAUCGCCAUCCCGGGCAUGAUGACCGGCGCGAUCCUCGGCGGGUCCUCGGUCGAGCAGGCCGCGCGCCUCCAGAUGGUGAUCAUGUUCAUGAUCUCCUCCAGCACCGCGCUCGCGUCGAUCGCCACCACCAUCCUCGCGCUCGGCGUCGUCGUCGAUGCCCAGCACCGCGUCCGCACUGACCGCAUCGACACGCGCGAGCACGCCGUCUGGCGCGCGCGCAACUGGGCACUCGGGAGGGUCGUUGCAGGCGUCAGGGGGGCUGCGUACGAGGUUGUGGGGCUGUUCAGGCGGGGACGGGGGGGCAGGAGGGGACGGAGGGGAAGGAGGGGAGAGGAGGGCGGGAGGGCGGAGGAUAGGGAGAGGUUGCUUGGGUGAGCGGGGGGUUAGGGUGCGCAUUUAGUGGACGGACGGGUGCUGCUUGCUCGACAACUAUCUAGCAUGACCCCGCGAACGAAACCGCCGGUGAUUUAUAGAUGUAGAGUAUAUUCGCCAUUCAGAAAUGUCGAUCCUCGUCAAAUCUCC